AUGAUGUAUACUUUUCUUAUACUAUAAUUCACCUUCUAAAAAUCAAAAUAUUUAAUGUUAGAAUCUUUUUCUCUUCACUAAUUUAUUCUAGUAAACUUAAUUAAAAUUCAUUAUAUUAAGGUAAUCAAAAGCUUAUAUUCUAUCCUAUUAAGGUAAAAAAGAUGUUGGUAUAAUUAAAAUGGAUUGAGAUAUCACCUUAGAAUUGAAUCAUAAGAAAGAAAGAUAAUGAAUGUAUAGCAAUUUGGGGGGACUCAUUAGUAACACCUGUUGAAUUAUGCGAUGAUGGAAAUCUCAUUUUUGGAAAUGGAUGCCAUUUAUGCUGCCAUAGUUGUGAAAGUCAAUGCUUAACUUGUACAAUUUGAAUUUGUCUUGUAUGUGCUCUUGGUUAUCAAAGCAUUGAUGGAAGAUAUUAAGAACAAUACAUUUAACCACUUUCUGCUGUUUAAAAAAAAUGAUAUUAAUUCAAAUGCCCGUUAUAAUCAUUUUAUUAAGACUAUUCGUACAAUUAUUAUUUAAACCGAAUAAAUUUAGAAAUGGCUUUGCAAAAUGAAUGGCUGA